UUGUUCAUUAGCCACGUCUGGAAAAAUGGCGGCGACCAUGGCAAAGUUUGAGUUGUUGUUUAAGAAGAAAUCGGCGUUAUUUCUCUUAAUUACCACGAUCGCUAUUCUGUCUACCGUACACAGCGUUAUUGCUCAAGAUCACAUCGACGAGUACGAUGAGGGAGACUUGGAAAAUCCUUCAUACAAAUGGUCUAAGGAGGCUAACGUAGAGCAUGAUCACGAACCGGUACCUCACCCCCAUGGUGAUGAUCAUCAUCAGCAUACGCACAGCGAUCAUGCGCAUUCUCACGAUAACAAGGAGCGUGUAGGAGGUUCCGAUCAUGGUCACACCCACCAGCAUCACGGUCAUAGCCAUCAUGGACAUUCCCACGGUGCACAGAAGCAAGCGCGUCGGUUCGAUCCGCCGGGCGGCGAACAGGACACGAUCACAAUGUGGGGAAGCGCGAUCGGAGCCACCCUGCUCAUCAGCGCUGCGCCAUUCCUAAUACUCUUCUUCAUUCCAAUGGACAACAAAGAUGGUCACGAAAAUCUGCUGAAAAUCCUGCUCAGUUUCGCGUCGGGUGGAUUGCUGGGCGAUGCAUUCUUGCACUUGAUACCGCAUGCUAUAUAUGCGAAUCAGGCCUCCGAAGAAGAUGGCUCCAGUGGAGGCCAUGGAAAUGAAAUGAAAGUUGGUCUGUGGGUGCUCGGUGGAAUCGUGGCCUUCCUAAUGGUUGAGAAAUUUGUCAGGUAUGUGAAAGGAGCCCAUGGGCAUUCACAUGGACAUUCCAAUCAAGCUGCCCCCAAUCAGACAAAGACAAAAUGCUCGGAUUCAGAGACAGAUAGUGACAAGAAAAAGAAGAGGGCUACUGGAGACACAAAUGCAAAGAACAAAACAAAAGACAGAAAAAACAGUAAACUGAGUAAAGUGAAAGCAGCUGAAGAAAGUGAGGACAUAAAAGUAUCCGGCUAUCUCAACCUGGCCGCUGACUUCACGCACAACUUCACCGACGGCCUGGCGAUCGGUGCAUCGUUCCUCGCUGGCCGCGGCGUCGGCAUCAUCACGACGAUCACGAUACUCCUCCACGAGGUUCCCCAUGAGAUCGGAGACUUCGCUAUCCUAGUCCAGUCCGGAUGUUCCAAGAAAAAGGCGAUGCUGCUGCAGCUGACGACAGCGACCGGCGCGCUGGCCGGAUGCAUCAUGGGAUUGCUCGCUGAGAACAUCGGUGAAGCGGCGGUCGCGUGGAUUCUGCCGUUCACCGCUGGCGGCUUCAUCUACAUUGCCACCGUGUCCGUCAUCCCCGAGUUGCUGGGAGACACCAAGUUCUGGCAGUCGGUGAAGGAGAUCCUUGCGUUACUCGUCGGCGUGGCGAUGAUGGUCUUCAUUGCCGAGAUCGAGUAGAGUAGACUCGUUAGAGCCACGCACGGGUGUCGGUCCGUGGGCCUAGGGCCGCAGAAUUCGGAAUUCUUGGGGAGGAGUUCGUACGUUCGAAAUUCCAGUUUUACUGGUUUCGUAAUUUUCUGGCAACGUUUUGGGGAUUUGGCUCGUGGAGUGCGUGGUUGUUGUUUGCUCCCGUACAGUGCUUUCGACGUCUCUCUGCUAGUGCUUCCACAUAGAAGCAGUGGGAGUGAGACUGGGUUUCUGCUGAAGCAGGUUAGGUGUGUUACAGCCGUUAACAGUGUAGUUCUCAGAGAUGUAUCCGACGGGCUAUUUGCACGAUGUAUACUCUUUGUCUGUUGCUUCAAAGAAGAGCUAGCUAAUUUUGAGAUUCCACGUUUUGUUCACGCUUAUUUCGGCACUCGAUUGGCAAUACGUGGUUUUAGUUGGGAAGCUGCUAUUGUCGCGAGUUCACCCACCUAUAUAUGUCCUAUAAGCAAUGGGUGACCAGAGCUAUUCAUCUUGCCAGUUUUACGGUUGAAUUAAUCAUUAACAUCAGUGGGUGGUUGCGUUACUUCACUAUCAGCGAAAGAGAGGAUGAACACUGUUGUCUCAAUAUAUAUAUAUACAUAUACAUAUAUAUAUAUAUCAGGAGUUAAUGAAGACAAAGAGGAUAACAAGGAGUUAAUUUGUCUUCAUUAACUCGUGAUAUAUAUAUAUAUAUACGAUGGUGUGUUAUGGAUGUUUGUUUGCUAAGAAUCUCCCAAUGUCAUUGAUUCUAACUAGUCUGCAUGUGUCGUAGCCUUGGCAGAGCAGAGCGGUGGAACCACAGCCGUCCUCAGCCACACAUCCAACAUUCCAAGUACUAACACACCGGCUCUGCUGGCUGACAGAGAAUGCAACAAGCGUAUGUAUAUGCACACCUGUUAGGAGAUAUGAUGCGCAGAAUAUAUUUAGGGUACUGUUAGUGUUACACUGAAUUGGGGAUUUCCGAUUCCCUGGUGGCAGAUGUGUGAAGUCCCAUCGGAUCGUAAAUGAUUUUUUGACACUCGAAGAAUUAUGUACAUAAACCGUGUGGAGAAGCAGUAAGGACACAUAUUUAUAAGAAUGUUGUAUAUUAGACGAUGCAUUGUGCUCUGUUAUUGUGCUCAUUGUGCUCAUUCACGCCCGCUGACAGAUUUCUGUCCUGAUUUUAAUCUGCGUCAUUACCUUCAGUUUGCCAUUUUGCACCUGUUCCAUUUAUGACUCAACAGAUUUGGCAGUCAAAUCUCGUUAUUAAUGUUAUUCAGUGCUGAAGUAAUACCAACGCAAUGAGAACCAGUGCGGUAUGUGACUGAAUUAGUUGCAAUUAUCAUUGCAAACGAUUUGGUUUGCAGAUUCUAAUAGGUGGCAUAGAGUUGGCUCGUACCACGUCAGCUUUAAAAAUUGCUUGGCUUUUCGAGCUUGGGCAAUGCUAGAGGGUAAUCGUUUAUCGUAUUCUAUGACUGCUUGAAUUGCACUUGGUGCUCGGGUGGUUAAAAUUAUGCUUCAAAAAUGCCAAAAAAAUCUCAGUCAUGUAACCAACUAAUAUAACUAACUUAAUAAAUGUGAAAUUAUUUUAAA